AUUAUCUAAUUGAAAGAACUAUAUUAACCCCAAAAAACAAUGAUGCAAGUAAAAUUUCAGAUUUUAUUAUAGAUCAAUUUCCCGGUGAAGUUCAUACCUAUUUAAGUACAGAUUCUGUCGAUUUAUAUGAAGACACCGAUUUGAGACAAUUCUAUUUAUACCCACUUAA